AUGGCCACAGCAGAACCGCUGACUGCUCUUUCUCGCUGGUACCUCUAUGCCAUCCACGGCUAUUUCUGUGAGGUAAUGUUUACAGCAGCCUGGGAGUUUGUGAUAAAUUAUAACUGGAAGUUCCCAGGGGUGACCAGCGUUUGGGCUCUCUUCAUCUACGGGACUUCCAUGCUGAUUGUAGAAAGAAUGUACCUCUACCUCAAGGGCAAGUGUGGGAUCCUACUGCGCUGUUUGAUCUACACCAUCUGGACCUAUAUGUGGGAAUUCACCACUGGGUACGUUUUGCGACAGUUCAACGCCUGCCCCUGGGAUUAUUCUCAGUUUGAUUUUGACUUCAUGGGAUUGAUCACACUGGAGUAUGCUGUCCCCUGGUUCUGUGCCUCCUUCAUCAUGGAGAAGCUGGUCAUCCGGAAUACCCUGCGGCUGCGUUUCGACGGGAAUGCGGAGCCGGGAUUGGCGCCUGCUGGUUCCCCCGAGGCCAUGGCAAAUGGGCACAUCAAAAGCAACUGAAAAGUCCUUCUACUCGACCAACACAAACAACGAAUAAUCUUAAACCAGCAAAGCAAAAGAAUAUUCAG